AUGAGACUUUUGAAUUUCGUCAAGAGGCUAAUAACCAAACCUCAGCCGGAAUCAUGGGACCCAGAAACCACUUCUGAAUGUUAUAUCUGUCGAGAAGACAUAUUUUACCUCGUCUCUUCCGAUAGGCGUUAUAAAGCGGGACAAGCCCAUGAGGGUAUGUGUUUGUGGAUCUGCGAGAAGAGGGGAUGUGGUUCAGUCUUCUGUAUGAAAUGCGCUAUCAAAUGGAGCGCACGUUCGAAAUGGACUGUAUGUCCAGCUUGUACGAGAAAAUGGGAUAAGAUCGCACUGCAGAGACAGUAUGAUAUCUACAAGCGGAAGAAAAGGGAUGCCAUAGGAGAGAAAACGUGA